GCUAGCUCCUGCUGCCACUUUUAAAUACUGGUAACGGUCUGCUGUGUUAGCAUUAAAGGUAGCGAUGCUAGCUUAAUUGGACGCGUUUUUCCAACGAUAAAAGCUGCGUUUGUAUCUGCAAUGCUUUAAUCUCUUUAACAGUCGUUUCAUCUUUAUUUAAGGUGAUGGCGUCUGCAAAUGCCACAUACGGACAGAAGGAGUCCACGGACCAGAACUUUGAUUACAUGUUUAAAAUCCUCAUCAUUGGCAACAGCAGCGUAGGAAAGACGUCCUUCCUUUUCCGCUAUGCAGACGACUCAUUCACGCCAGCCUUUGUCAGCACAGUGGGCAUCGACUUCAAGGUGAAGACAAUCUACAGGAACGACAAGAGGAUAAAGCUGCAGAUAUGGGACACUGCUGGCCAGGAGCGCUACAGGACAAUCACCACAGCUUACUACAGGGGAGCCAUGGGCUUCAUCCUCAUGUAUGACAUCACCAACGAGGAGUCCUUCAACGCGGUUCAAGACUGGUCGACCCAGAUCAAGACCUACUCGUGGGAUAAUGCCCAGGUCCUCUUGGUGGGUAACAAGUGUGACAUGGAGGAUGAACGAAUGGUGGCCACAGACAGGGGCCGGCAGCUGGCAGAACAGCUGGGUUUUGAGCACUUUGAGGCAAGCGCUAAAGACAACAUUAACGUGAAGCAGACCUUCGAGCGGCUGGUGGACAUCAUCUGCGAGAGGAUGUCGGAGAGUCUGGACAACAACGACCCAACUGUCACCGGCAGUAAACAGGGGCCACAGCUCAACGAGCAGCCUCAGAGGUCCCACCAGGAUUGUGCUUGCUAAACACGACCACACACACACAAUCUGCUGUCCUAAAAUCCACACACUUUCUUUUUCUUUCUCAUGCACACUUGCAUUACACACAAACACUGCCAUACAGAGACACACAUCCUGGCUGCUGAGAUUCUCCACCCCUCUCACUACACCAAGAGCAUCGCCCACAUGAUUUGGAGUUUUCAGUGAUGUCAUUGUUCAUUUCAGUACUACAGAGAUUAUGUGAAUGUGCUAACUUAGUCAGAGGGGUGAAGAACAUUUACAAUCAAUCCCAACUGGUCUUUGUUUCGUGUUUGUACGCUUUUACACAAACACACAUAUUAUACUGUAUCUUUACGGAAUUAUAAAUGGUUAGUGAAAGCUGAUGCGACUUCCACACUAAUAGGUUUUCAUUUUAGAUUUAUAUCGCCUAGCGUCCACAGUGCUCCAGUGUUUGGAAGCCCUGAAGCAGAGACUUUUGAAAACGCCUCUGACCCCAUUUUAGUUUGAAAACUCAGAGGUUGCGUUUUAGUCUGGACAGGCAGAUACCGAGACUUUUGGAAAUGAUGACGCAGACACCCACACUCACUUCCUGAUUGGCUCUUAUCAGCCACAGCCAAAACAUUGCUGAGUCCACGUACCUUUUGUGAUUUCAUCCGUCUUGUGUGGGCACACCUUUCCAAUCGCCACGGCUUCCUCCAGUGAUAGAUAAUGCUCCCAAACGGUACCGCUGUAAUUUGUCACCGUAUUAGCUUUGCAAGACUCCCAAUCCAUUUCCCACAGCCUUGAACACCUUAUGCUCAUGUUACUUUGCGUAGCAGUUCCACCUUGUUGUCGGCCCAAGCAGAGAAAUCUCUCGUCUCUGGUGAGCAACCAACCACAGAGUAGACAAUCUUCUUCCUGUUAAGAUCGGCAAGUGCAUGCCCAGUGUAUGUGAAUGGUCACAUGAAAUGAGUUUUCAAGGGUACUAGUAUGGACAGAGAUUAUUUCUGUUUUAAUACGCAGUUUUAAAAUGAAAACAUGUCAGUGUGGACGUGGCCUGAGACUCCAUCAUUCCUCGCAGUCGUGUUUUACUAUCAAAGGCUGUGGACUGUCCAAUCCCAGGCCCCACUCAGCACUAACGCCUCAAACCUAAACAGAUACAAAUCAGUUGCAUCUGUUUUACUUUAAGUCCCAUUUAAAAAUAUAUGUUGGUUGCUGUGGAUAGAGUUGCUGGGUUUUUUGUUUGUUUGUUUGUUUUUGGUUUUUUUGAGUUGGUUGGAUGUGGUUUUGAGCAUGUGAAAUCACUGGUUCUUUCCAGUGCUGUGAUUGAGUCUCUGCAGUUAAUUAUGGUCCAAGUUUGGGUCAUUUGAAAGUUUGUUUGUCGUAAGAAUAGCAAAAGUCAUGCAUAUCAGUGUGCUUGUCAAGUCAUUGUUGUUAUUAUUAUUUAUUUUUGGCCCCUUCCCAGAUUUUUACAUUUCUUUUAGUGAAAUUAGAUGGCAGCAUCAGUCGCUUUGUCAGUCUCAGUGUAAGGAGCUGCGUAGCCUCUGGAGGUUGCUCGAUGUAAGAUUUUUUCUUUUUUUACUUUUUUGUUACUGUUUUUUAAGACAGAAUUAAAGGAUAAAGGAUGUCUCUCACCACACGGAGAAGAGUGUAUAAAUGUUUAAAAGUCAACAGAUACAGAUUUAAAAAUGCAUAUGUAAUAUAUAUACAUAUAUAAUUAACAUACAAUAAUAAUGAUUUAGAAUAUCGGGAUUCCUACCUGUGCUUUAGUGAGAGGUGCAUGUUGUUGAUGUUUUUAACCGAUUGUGGUUGACUGGAUUUGUAUGAGCUGUUCUGUCUGUCCGUCCUGCUGUUUCAGUACUCGUAGGUACCACAGGGGCCAAAGGUUUCAUGUGUUAAGCCCACGGCCCCUUCUCAUUGUAUUAACUUCCAUUCCCUGCGUACAAUGUGCAACAUGCACUCACUAGAAAGGCAUGUGAUUGAGUGUGAGCACUGGUGCACCACAGACCUCUCCAUCAGCUUCAGAUAGUCUCUUAUGUCAUGGUGGAUGAUCUUCUCAUCUUUACUUUCUGGGGGAACAUGAUGUUUUUAAGCAUGUUGAAUGUCAAAUUGUGAGUUUUUUUUCUCUCUAAUGCUAAGGUUAGGGAUCUGUCUGCUCGUGUAUACGGUACAAACCCUUCUGUAAGUCAUGCAAGGCAUGCGGAAAAACACUUAAGUUAUUCCAAAAUAAAACGUAUUUAUUUUGUAUUAUUUAUAACUGUAUUUAUUUGAAGAUAAUGUUUCUUCCUAGAUUAUGCAUUGCGAUCUGCGCUCUACUUUUUAAAGAGAUGUUCACUAGUAUUCAAAUUGCUGAAAACUCUCCCAUCUUUUAAAUGUAUCUGUGUUUACAGUGAAUAUAAAGCUUAAGACUCUUCCCCAAGAGGAACUUUGAAACAUUCCAGUGAAAGAAUCUCUUAUCAUGUCCACGCAGCUUUGGUGGGAAGUUUGUUUGUCUUUUGAUAUCGGUUAUGUAACUUUGAAGACUUGGUAGUGUAAAAGCAGACUGUUCUCACAGAGCAAUAGCAGUUUCUUUCUGUCCACACCCAAAAAUGAGCGCUGCACAAACCCUUGCUGAAGGUUUAUAAUACUGUACGUGGGUGUGCGUGAAUGUACAGUUUCUAUAAAGGCAGUCUUAAUAUUUUUUCCUUCCAAAGAGACCUUGACAACACACCUAGAGCCAAAAAGAGAGCUUGUUAGACAUUUGUGAGACUUGCACUAACAAAUUUGUGUGUUUCCCUGCUCUGUGCAGUAGCUUCAAAAAGGGAAGAUGUUCUGAAAGUAAACUGAAUACUCUGAACACUUCAUUAAAAUAGCAAUUCUUACUGCAUCGGUUCACUUUUGACCUGAUUUUUUUGUUACUUUAUUUAUUGUGUUUUGCUACAGCUGUAAACUUGCCGGUGACUUAGGAACACAUAUCGAUCCUGUUCGACUCCUCUUCUUUUUCCUUCCCCCGUCAUAAAUAAAUAACUCUUGUAAAUAGGAAUUUUCUGCCCGUUGGGUAUUAGUUGUGUGAAUUGUGCUGUAAUUCUGUAAUGCCAGAUUUGCUAAAAUGAGGAAUCAAUAAACAAAUUCUAAAAGCUGGA